AUGCCAAGCUUAGUGGAAGAGUAUGACAAUUUCAGUAGUACCGAGGAAGGACUUCAGACUGAUUUUGGUGGAGGUUUCUAUAGUACCGAGCAAGACCAAGACGACCAUCUCCUCAACAAGCAUCCGUUGCCUUCAUUAACACGGCUACCAGACUCUCAUUUGGGUGGAUUUGGUCAAGGUCAGUUUGCUGCAAUCACGGAUAACGACCCAUUUGAGCUGAUCGAAUUUGAAGCGGACAAAGAGAAUCUCCCACCAAAAGCACCGGCAAGAGCAUCCCAUCCUUCUAGGCCGGCUCAGAGUGGAAAGAGAAGAAGCAAAACCUCAAGUUCAAGAGCACAAAACCAAGACGAAGCUGAAGCCCGUCCUGAGUCUCAACGAAACACUUUUGACUCCUUGGCUAAUUUCAAGCAGCAACAACGCCGUGAACGACAAAGCCCUGCACACCAGCACCGUCCUUCAUCUGAGUUCCAAACCCCAACCAUGGUGAAAACACGUAAUGAAAAAGAACAAGAUCAGCGUCGUCUACAGCGAUGA